CACCCUGUAGUAUAUCAAACAAAAUUGUAUAUUUUAGUAAAAAAGAAUAACCAAACAUCAUCUUAAACAACAAUCCGCAAAAUAAGGGCUUUAAUGACAGUACCCUUUCGUUUUUUACUGGAAGAAGAGCGAACAAACCAAUUUUGUUUGUACAGCAUUUGUACACGUCAACAUUGUACAGCAUACAAUUAUAUUUUAUAAUUCAAAUUUCGCGCCUAUCUGUAUUGGUAAUACUGUGUUAAUUAUACUGCACUUAUAGCUAAGUUCGCGCGAUCGAGCAACAAUGUCAUUGAAGUUUAAAUUAGAGCUUGGUACAUCAUAUACAUACAUACAUACAUACAUACACAGAUUGUAAUGGGUUUAAUAAUCGCUAAAAACGUCAGAUGGCGAAGCGAAUACAAAACUGUCAAUAAUGUCAACCAUGUUCACAGAUUAAUGUUCUUAAAAUUAAUAAAUGUAGCAAAGUGUGUGUAAUAUAACGCUGUUAAAAAUAGAAAGAGUGUGUUGAAAAGUGGCACAUAAUAAUUAUUUUAAUAUUUUACAAGAUGGAUAUUGCCAAAUCAUUAUUUAAUGUUCGUGAUCAUGAAGGUUAUGUUGGGAAAGAAGAUCAUAACAAAAAACUAGAGACUGCUAUAUCCGAAGAUGAAUACGAAGUGGAAGCUUCAGGUUUGUGUGGAGAAAUUUUGUCUCCAGCUCCUGGUGGUCCAUUUUCCGCUUUGACGCCGUCCAUGUGGCCUCAAAAUAUUUUAGCUAAAUUGAAUCAACCAGAUGAUCCGAAUUCUCAACCAGAGUACAGGUUUGAUGAGUUUGGUUUUCGUGUUGAAGAAGAAGAUGGACCAGAGCAGAGCUCAAAAAAGUUGUUGGGUAUUCCAUUUGUUGAAGAUCCACAACAUAGAUUACAGUGGGUUGCUUUAUUGGAAUUUAGUCAUAAUAAAGAAGUAACAGAACUUUCAUGGCAAAAUUUAGAUAGGAGAUUACCUCGUACUGAUAAAUUACGUGAUAUGGUCCGUCAUGGCAUACCUCAUUCACUCAGACCUCAAAUUUGGAUGAGGAUGUCAGGCGCACUUCAGAAGAAAUGUUCUUCUGAAAUAAUGUACAAAGAUAUUGUAAAAGCAUCAAGCAAUGAUGCAUUAAUGAGUAACAAGCAAAUAGAAAAAGAUUUGCUCCGUAUCAUGCCUGCCAAUGCAUGUUUUAGCCAUCUUCAUAGUACUGGAAUACCUCGCUUAAGAAGGGUUAUGCGUGCACUUGCAUGGUUGUAUCCUGAAAUUGGGUACUGCCAGGGUACAGGAACAAUAGCAGCUUCUCUUUUAUUACUCCUAGAAGAGGAAGAUGCUUUUUUGAUGAUGGUAACCAUAGUAGAAGAUUUACUACCGGCAUCCUAUUAUUCUUCAACAUUAUUAGGUAUCCAGGCUGACCAAAGAGUACUUCGUACAUUAGUAGCUAAUUAUCUUCCUGACAUAGACCAUGUCUUAGUUCAGCAUGACAUAGAAUUAAGUUUGAUAUCAUUGCACUGGUUCCUGACUCUAUUCGCUUCUGUUGUACAUAUGAAAAUAUUAUUGCGCAUAUGGGAUAUGUUCCUUUUUGAUGGAUCUAUAGUCUUAUUUCAAGUUACACUUGGAAUGUUGAAAAUAAAAGAAUCUGAAUUGAAGCAAUUGGAAAACUCUGCCCAAAUAUUUAAUGCUCUCUCAGAUAUACCAGGGGAUAUUGAUGAUGUAGAACAAUUAUUUAAUAUAUCUUUGGAAGUUAGUGGAUCAUUGACAGAUGUUCUAGUCGAAACUCACAGACGCAGACAUUUAGCAUACUUAAUGGCCGAUCAGGGAGGAUUAGUAGGUAAUCCAGAUGCAGUACCAAAUUUACCAAAGCAACAUCUUAAUAGGCGUCAAAUGAAAAGAAAUAAAUCGAUGUUACAAACAUUUUUGUUUGGAAGUUACGAUACUGAAGAUGACGCAAAAUCGAAGAACAUUCGUCAAACAGAAAUAUUGGUGGAUUUAAGAGAGGCUGUCCUACAGGUCGCUAGACACUUUAUCAAUGUUGAUCCAAAAUUAAGCAACACUAUACUUAUUGCAGACUAUACUAUGGAAAGUCAUGCAAAAGAUCAUGAUAAUUAUGUGAAUGUAUCACGUACUAGAAAAAGAAGAGCUAAAGCGUUAUUAGAUUUUGAAAGACACGAUGAUGACGAAUUGGGUUUCCGAAAAAAUGAUAUAAUAACGAUUUUAAGUCAAAAAGACGAACAUUGUUGGGUAGGAGAAUUAAACGGAUUGAGGGGUUGGUUCCCCGCAAAAUUUGUAGAAUUAUUAGACGAAAGAAGUAAACAGUAUACAUGUGCUGGAGAUGAUGCGGUUAGUGAAGCUGUUACUGAUUUAGUUAGGGGAACUUUAUGUCCUGCAAUAAAAGCAGUAUUGGAACAUGGUAUGCGUAGACCAUCAUUUUUAGGUGGUCCAUGCCAUCCAUGGCUUUUUAUAGAAGAAGCAUCAAACAGAGAAGUUGAAAAAGAUUUUAACUCUGUUUAUAGCAGAUUAGUACUUUGUAAAACAUAUAGAUUGGAUGAAGAUGGAAAAGUUCUUACACCAGAAGAGUUGUUGUAUCGAUGUGUACAAUCAGUGAACUUAACACAUGACAAUGCACAUGCCCAAAUGGAUGUAAAAUUACGAUCCCUCAUUUGUCUAGGAUUGAACGAGCAAGUCUUGCAUUUAUGGCUCGAAGUUUUAUGUUCCUGCGUAGAAAUCGUACAAAAAUGGUAUCAACCAUGGAGCUUUAUAAAUAGUCCUGGAUGGGUACAAAUUAAAUGUGAAUUGAGAAUCUUAAGUCAGUUUGCAUUUAAUUUAAAUCCAGAUUGGGAACUACCGGCCAAGAAAGAACAAUCUCAGCCAUUGAAAGAUGGUGUUCGCGACAUGUUAGUUAAACAUCAUUUAUUUAGUUGGGAUCUUUAGCUAAUUACGUGAGAAGUAUUAAUUAUUUAUGAUAUUUCAGUGGAAAUUUUCUGUCCCUGCGACAACAUGGGUCUGUCAGAUUAUCAUCAAUAAUUUUUAUAUUAGGAUGUUCCACCUCUUCGCUAGGGACAAGUGACGAUGUACGCAAAUAAGAACCCCAGUCGAAAGCCUUUCGGCCCUGAAGAAAUUUGUAUCUUUCAAUAGUGGAAAAAUCAAUAUGAAAAUCAUGGUCCUCGAAA